AUGUCUAGGAAAGACCACUGUUAUCAGGGAGAAUUAGGAAGAUUGCAUUCUUGCUGCGGAUGGAAUGAGUACCAUCUAGCAAGCUCAUGGGAAAAUGGCGUAAUUGUACGUCAUGAGCUUGCUCGACUAAAUCCUGAAGUCCCAAAUCAUGGCCGUUUUGCAAGAAAGGUUGAAGAGGUUGAUGCUUCUUUGUCGUCCCUUGCUGAGAUGGAUUUCUCGUGCCUCUUUCCCUUGGGGGAGCCGGAAUAUGACGGCUUCUGUAAAUUUUGUCGCAGGCCGAAUCCGGGAGGUUCUUCCUCAGACUCCGAGUGCUCAUUUGGGUUUUGA